CGGCCGACCGAGCGCCAUGUCCGCGUGUGCGCCGCGCGCCUGCUGCCGGCCGCGCGCCCCGCCGACGCUGCUCGACAUCACGGCCAAGAUCGUCGCCGCCUCCAUCCCCUUCCAGCGCAUCGAGGAGCGCUACGAGCGGAUCCCGGAGCCCGUGCAGCGCCGCGUGGUGUACUGGUCCUUCCCGCGGGACGAGCGCGACAUCUGCAUGUACUCGUCGCUGGCGCGCGCGCCGCCCGACGACCACCGCAACAUCGCCUUCUGCCGCGGCCUGAAGCUGCUUGAGGCCGGCUGCGUGGAGAGCGUGCUACAAGUCGGUGAGUGUCCGCCUCCGCGCCUGCGCUUGUUUACUAAUAUGCGCCUCGCCCACCCGCGCCGUAUAAAUAAAAACCUCGACGUGUGCGAUCGAUAGCUGCUCCUCUCGGGA